AUGUCCACCGGAGAUGAUAAGCAACUUCCUCUGGAUAGACGGAGUCUCCGUUUCAUCAAUUGCGGAGUUUCCGGCAUGGUCUAUGCCGUGGAUGAAUUUUCAGUCGUCAAGUGGCCAGGAGGAGGAGAAAACAAUUCUCGAGAACUUGAGAUCGAACGCAGGAUUUUCGAGCGACUAGGUGAACAUCCUCGCAUUGUGAAAGUGCUCCGAGUCGAAAGGGAUAUGCUCGUUCUUGAACGUCUUCAAUACCCACUCCGCCUCCAAAUGCAUGAGUUGCGAGGUUCCGGGGCGAAGCCCGCAGUGAAAGACAUUCUGAAGUGGUCGGCCCAAGCGGCGGAGGGCAUGCAGUACUUUCACUCCAAAUCUGUCUACCAAGUCGAUAUUGGCCUGCACAACCUCCUCCUCGACUGGGAUGACAAUGUCAAAUAUUGUGAUUUCGCUGGAAGUUCACUCGAUGGCCAGAAAGCCCUUGUCCUAGGCAGUGAACGUACCGAACACCCUUCGUGGUCCGGUAUACCUUGGGUGCAGUCCGAGAUCUUCUCACUUGGCUGUAUGAUAUACGAAAUUUCUACAACUCAAAGAGUGUACGAAGGGAAGGACGAAUUGGAGAUGCAAAGUCUGUAUGCCAAAGGGGUUUUUCCACAGACCGAAGAUCUGUUGCUCGGGCCCGUCAUGCGCAAGUGCUGGACAGGAGGAUAUGAGGAUGUUGGGUUGGCUGCCGCGGAAAUCAGAGCAAUUCAGCGCCGAACUUUACUUGGCGACCCAAACUUCACACUAUUUGAGGUCAUGCAGCACAAAAAGGCUCAACAGUCUGGUGGAGGUAAGUUAUCGUUGUUCUCCAAAUCCUCUGCUGUCGGUCCUCUGUUGACUUAA